AUUGGCUGAAGUGGGUUUGUUGCCUUGGCAACGGAGAGGGGUUUGGUAGCGUUGCUGUGCGGCGUGAUCUGCGCGUUGCGUGUAUGAGGAAGCAGCUGCGGAUGUGAUCUCCGACACUGUGAGAAACUGAGAGACACCUGAACACACGAUUCCAGCCACACUGCUAUUUUACAGGAACCGCGUGCAUGAUUACCUCCCUGGUUUAAUGGGUCCAAUCAUCGGGAUGUCGCCGGAUAAGAAAGCAGAAACGCCGGGGAUGCAGGGGGAAAGGGUGGGACUUAGGGGUUUGUGUGGGGGGGCGGGGACUCUCCCAGAGGCAGAGUGCGGUGCAGCCAGCCCAUUGGCCACCAGUCUGGACCGGGGUUCCGGGGGCUCUGAGGAUGAGGAGCUCACCAACCUCAACUGGCUCCAUGAGAACCUGCUCCAGAACUUUACGCUAGGGGGGGGCGGUGAGGCCGGGGCCCAACACAGUGCCAGCCCCCUCUUUGACAUUGAGGGCAACACCGGAGCCCCUCAGAACCCCCCCUCUUCAUCCUUGUCACAGAGGGACUCGUUGAAGUCCAAGCCUCCCUUCUCAUUCUCUCUGUUGAUCUACAUGGCCAUAGAGCAGAGCCCCAGUAAGAGCCUGCCAGUGAAGGACAUCUAUGGUUGGAUUGUACAGCACUUCCCAUACUUCUCUUCGGCCCCCACCGGCUGGAAGAACAGCGUCAGACACAACCUGUCACUCAACAAGUGUUUCCGUAAGGUGGAGAGGAGCCUGGGAAAGCUGAAUGGUAAGGGUUCUCUGUGGUGUGUGGACCCAGAGUACAGGCCCAACCUGAUCCAGGCGCUCAAGAAGCAGCACUUCCCUGCAGCACAUGCCUUCUGCACACCGCCUGCCUCCCCACCGCCUGCCUCCUCACCGCCUGCCACCUCACCCCAUAGACAUCUCUUCCUGCCGGGCUGCUCUCUCAAAGAGUCUGACAUAGAUGCUGCCACUGCCAUGAUGCUCUUAAACGCCGCCCCUGGCCAUCACCAUGCCAAUCCAUGUGAUCCAGAGAGUCCCUUGGACCUGUCCCGGCCAGACUUGGUCCUGGUCAGCAGCGAUCCUAACCAGGACCACAACUACAGCAGUAUGGCCCUGCAGCGCUGCUCCUCCCGCUCCUCCUCCUCCUCCCUCGACGAUGGGGGCCCCUCCCCUGGCCAUGCCCACCACAGGCCCCGUACAUGCCGCGCUGGCAGUGAGGGUUUCCAUAGUGACGAGGACGACUCCGACCUCGGGGACCGGGACGAGAGAGGCGGCCGCCCCCGGCCUGCUCCUCGCCGCUCCUCCUCCUCUUCGGUGAAGCGCCCGGCGGGUAAGAGGGCCCGUAGGGAGCUGACAGCCAACCCAGAGCUGGAUGAGGAGCUGAAGGAGGCGGCCGGGUCUCUGCUCCACCUGGCUGGGAUCCGUACCUCCAUGGACCUUAACAAACGGAGCGCCAAGAGCAAAAAACUGAACAGGAAAUGAGGUUGUCAUACUUUCCUGCCCUUGCCCUCAGACUCCUGACCCUGUAACCCCUGACCCCUGAUCUGAUCAUGUGUCCUGAUUGGUCUUGGUUGUGCCUCCUUUUCUGGUUGCUAAUUUUAAGCCUGUUUUUGGUUUGACACAUGAUGGGAUAUCCCUCACUAUCCAACACAACAAAUGGCAAUAGUAUCAUUGACACAGGAUAACAAAGCCAUAUUGAGACUUUUGAAACUGGGGUGUAUCAGGUGGGUGGGUCAGGGUAAAACAGGGGUGUUUGAGGACUACUGAGAAGAACCAUCACAAAACUGCUUGUUGUUUCUGAUGGCUUCGCUGCAGAUCUUUACAACUCAAAUAAUGUUUUGAGGGAUAAGACGGGAAAAGCUGAAACUUUUUAUAACUCAAAGCGUUGCAUGCUUCCUCAACUUGUGUCCUCUUCCAAGUGAACCUAUUUCUAAGAGAAUGAGUGCAUGUCUCUAACAAACUAACCUCUCCUCAUGUUGAAGUCAGUUUCUCCAUGCUGAAGAUACCACUGUUUUUUGAUAGGUGACAUCCUUGGUCUGGAAAACCUUCCAAAGAGAUGCAAUAACUUAAACCACUUUUUGUAUUUUUCCUGGGUUGAUAAUGGUACUGUUGAUGAUGGUGUUGUUUAAAAACAACAGAUUAAAGUAGUGCGGCUGAUCGUAAACAUCCUUCCACGGAGUGGAACGCUGGACUGGGUCCAUGUCAGGGUUUAAUAGCAGGGAAUGGAAACGUAACCAAGGGAAUGUUGGAACUCUGCUACUGCCAUGGUGGGCAGGGAAAUAAAAUAAAAGGUGUCCGACUGCUAGAUCAGGAAGAGUCCACUCUAGUCCUACUCUGAGAGAAACAUCAUGACAUCUAGAUCAGGAAGAGUCCACUCUAGUCCUACUCUGAGAGAAACAUCAUGACAUCUAGAUCAGGAAGAGUCCACUCUAGUCCUACUCUGAGAGAAACAUCAUGACAUCUAGAUCAGGAAGAGUCCACUCUAGUCCUACUCUGAGAGAAACAGAAUUACAUCUUCAUUGCAUUAGAACCUACUCUUCAUCUCUCUUCCUCUGCUGACCCCUCUAAUUCUGUCAUACAUUGUGUUUAGUGUGUAAACUGAGAAAUUACAUUUAAUAUAUUCUAUCCUGUCUUGACCUAUUCUAUCUUAUCCUAUGCAAGGUGUAGUGUAGACUAAUCUGGCUGAAACUAAGCAAAUGUUGUAACCAUAGUGAUACCAAGACAAUGCGCUUGGCAUGAGGGCACUCACUGGCAGAUGUGCUGCUCAGUUUUCAAUCAUGUAAUACUAGUCACACCUACUCGAACGUUAGUAUUCAGGCCAAAGGGAAGUUAAAACAAAGAUGUUAUAAUAGUGUUGUUGUGAGGUUAGAUGGACAAUGUUGUGAGAGACUUAUUGUACUACUGCCCCUCCUGAAUGGUGUUGGCUGACCCUGUGGCAGAGUUCAGACUGUGGUGACAGAAAGAGGCUUUGCUUCGUUAAGGAAACCCUGAGGGCAAAAUCAGGAAGUGCACCACUCUUCUCUACACUGUACAGUAAUGUGUUUAGGGCCAGUUGAUUACACCGAGUUCAGUGACGGAAAGUACAGGAUGUGGAAACAGAACUUGUGUAGUGAUGAGGCCAGACUGAUGCUCUUUGGGGCUUGCAUGUAUUAACUUGCAUUAGUAAGCAAAAUGCCAAUAUGCCCAUAUGAUUAGAAUAGCUUUUAGUUGGUGCACUGCAGUACAGUGUACUGUCCUCUGUCAUGAGCGAACUUAAGUGCAAGUUAGGUUUCCACUUGUUGUAUCACAGGAAAUGUUAAAUUAAGUCGCGUUAGUAAGUAUAGAUUGUAUGCAGUGCCAAACAUGAAUUUGUGUCACAGAAGUGGAACUACCAAGGCCAUUGCAACCAUCUUCCUCUUCUCACAGCAUUUGUGACUGACAGUAAUGUUGUUGCCCCUGUUUUUUAGAAGCCUGCCAACAGGAAAUGUAGGAGAACUCUGACCUAGUCUGAUAUUCAGUUUAUUUUGGUUGUUCUGGAAUGGGAAUCGCCGUAUUCUUUGAAAGGGGAUUUUGUUCUUAGAACUAAACUGCAGUUCUCCUAAAUAAGAUGGACAUGGAAUACACUGGUCUUAACUGGUUGUGAAUAAACAAAGAACAAAUGAAUGGUGUCCAUUAAAUGUAUAAUUAAUUUAUAAUGGACUAUUGAAAGGAGCUUCUAUCAAAUAAAGGUAAUUUGAAGUGAGUGGAAAUGUUACUUCCUCUCUCCCUUCUGGAAAAUCCUUUUGAGACUUAGUUUUAUUUUCCAAAUGAUAUUUUACUGCCAUAGACCACUAUUUUCACUAUGUGUUAUAGUGAUAGUGUGUCUGAGAAAGUACUGUAUAUGGCCAAUGUAUAUUGUCUUUCGAGCGGGUGUUUUUCAAUUUAACCAUGACUGCCAAGUUUUCCAAUGUUUUGUUGUUGGAUAAAAGACUAUUGAUUAACAUGGAUUCUGAACCAUUUUUUUUUGUGCCAACUGUGAUGUACAGAGAAGCAACGGUAGACAUUUCCCUAUCUUGAUAGGAAAAGUUGAUUUAAUCAUCAUAAAGGUGUUGAAGUUUAUCUGAAUUUGUACUGUUUAGAUAAUAUUCUGACUGCCCUAAGUAGUCACACCAUAGAUAUUAGUUGGCACCCCCUCUCCAUGUUAGGAUCCUGCUACCAUAGAUGUCGCCUACACUUACUGAAACUAAAAACACACAUUUGAGGGUUGCCCUGGUGUUAGUCUUGAUACCCCCAUGGACUUCUGUUUAAACUUAGAUAGUUGAGGACAACUUCCAGUAACUUGUUCAUGCUGUUGCUAGAAGAAAGCUCAUCAGACUCAACAUGAAGAUGAUCCUGAGUCUCUCAGUAAUUUUCUUUUAUACUGAACAAAAAUAAUGCAACAAGCAUUUUUACUGAGUUUGUUUAUAAGGAAAUCAGUUAAAAUAAAUAAAUUGGGCGCUAAUCUAUGGAUUUCACAAGGGUACAGCCAUGGGUGAGUCUGGGCGCCAGACCCAGCCAAUCCGAAUGAGUUUCUCCACAAAAAGGGCUUUAUUACAGACAGAAAUACUCCUCAGCAUCUUAGACUAAUAAACACGAUGAGGCACCCUAGGGGUCUGUAUCGUCACCAAUAAUGUUCACUUGACAUGGUGACAGAUAAUGCUAAACUCAAAGCUACAUACAUAGGAUGCUUCAUUGUUUGAAAAUGUGUUGUAUUGAUUAUGCGUUUUUAUUUUCUGUUGCAAUUUAUUGAUUAUGAUAAAGCGUUUUGUCGCAUUUAACUAACUAAAGCUGCCGACCCAGUAUCCUUCAGUCGUCUGCCAUGUCUGUUAGACAGACCUUUUGGUUUUUGUAUGCUAACCUCUUAAUAAAAUGUUUAUAAAGUUUAUUUUCACCAAAGAUAUGCAAUUUGCAUUAUAUAUGGUAUUACAAAAUAAAUAAAAUCUUGUUUUAUUUUUGGG